CUGACUGGCUGUGUGACGUCAUCACUAUGCGUCUCAGCCGUGAAGAGCCUGUUCUCUAAAGCUAACUACAGCAAAUCGACGGUCUAAGGAUGCCUCUCCCACCGGCUUUACUAGCCCGUCUUGCAAAGAGAGGGAUCUUGAAACAAUCAGAGCAUGAUGCUGAGGAGGAGAUCAUCGCUGAGGAUUAUGAUGACAACGAUGUAGACUAUGAGGCCACCAGAAUAGAGAAUUUACCCACUAACUGGUACAAAGUGUUUGACCCUGAUUGUGGUCUGCCAUACUACUGGAAUGUGGAAACAGAGCUAGUGUCCUGGCUUUCUCCAAAUGAGCCAGGGGCUCUUAUGACCAAAGCUGUAAAGAAGCAGAGAGUGGAUGUUGGAGACGGUAAAGUUGAGAAACACAUCGAGAAGGUUGACAGGGAGCGGGAGCGAGACUGGGAUCGGGAGAGAGACCGAGAAAGAGAACGCGAGAGAGAGCGGGAACGAGAUCGAGACCGAGAAAGAGAGGAUAGAGGAGACCGAGACCGCGACAGGCGGCUGCAGCGGAGAGAAGAUGCCGCACCAUACAACAAACCAAAACGAGGGGGGAGAGACCGCAAACCUGAGGAGAUGGAUCCUAUGGAUCCUAGCGCCUACUCAGACGCUCCAAGGGGCACGUGGUCCACUGGCCUGCCCAAGCGUAACGAGGCGAAGACGGGUGCGGACACCACUGCAGCGGGACCCCUCUUCCAGCAGCGGCCGUAUCCGAGUCCCGGAGCCGUUUUGCGGGCCAACGCCGAGCUCACCAAACGUGAUGACCCCGACGACUCUGAUUGACCUCAUAGAGACGGAUACGCUCAGAGAGAGAGAGAGAGAGAGUCAGAGUCAGCAGCCUGGACAUCAUCAUCACCUGUUCUCAACAUUUCCUCUGCAUCAGGUCCUCUUGAUCUACUGUGAAGCCUAAACAAAGAGCUACAAAUGUCCCCGUCGAUAUGCAUGUGUGAAUGCACAGUAUGCCAAGCUGCAAGCAACGACUUCAUACGGGAUACGGGCAUUAAUUAGGUCCUUUGGAGCUCAUGUUGUAAUUUGAAGUGUACCGCCUCAGCUUAUGUGUGGCAAAGUAAGGACAAACUCCUUAGCCUCAUUCCGUCGCCGUAGCUGUUCUAAUUCGGAAUGUGAUGGGAGGGAAAGUUUUGAUAAUUCAAUCACUUCCACCCUCGCGUUGAGAUAAUUCAUGCAUAUCAAUUCAAUGCAAAUUACACGGAUAAUAUGUAUGUUGCCGUAUCUGUGGCAUAUGGUGCGAGGUCGCAGCCUAUUUCUAUCCUGCUCUGUUCUGGCGUUCUUUUCUGUGAGUCUGGGACUGCUGCUCUAGGCUGAGCAUCUGUGCCGUAGAGAGCAGCUUGUCCUCUGCUGGCUUGAAGGUCUUUUGUUUUGCUUGUGUCAGCUCGCAAGGCCAGUGCAGCGCUCCUGAUUGAAUUAACUAUGCUGUUCAGGUCACCUGCUUUUCUCCUCUCUCCUGUGGGUGGUCUGGGGCUUUUUGUACAUACAUGUUCACUUUUCUAUUAAAAAGAAAGAAGGUUGGAUUUUU